AUGGCCGAAGCCAAGAUUCAGCCGGAUUCCGAGCUGCGGGCUAAUAUGACCAAGGGUACAGCCCCGCGCGAGCUACCCUGGUAUAAAACAGAUUUCGAGCAGGUGCCUGAGCCUUCCAAGACAAUUUUGGAGAAGUAUAGUAAGAUUUCACCGGAUCAGGUUCUACAGCAUGUGAAAGACGUCUUUCCCUACCCUUGCAUUGGUGAAUUCCGAUUUCUGGAUAUGAGUAUAUCCAAUUCACGAGUCUACCCCGAAGUUUUGGAGCGAUUGAAAUCAGGCCAGAAAUUGCUUGAUGUAGGAUGUGCUGUUGGUCAGGAAUUGCGGAACAUGGUGUACAAUGGUAUCCCAUCAGAAAAUCUCUACGCCUCUGACCUCCACCAAAGCUUCUUUGACAUAGGCUAUGACCUUUUCCAAGAUCGGGAAACUCUCAAAUCCACAUUCAUUGCGUCGGACAUCUUUGAUGAUGACUCUGCUCUCGUGAAAGACCUUUGUGGUAAAAUGGAUAUCGUCAAUGCGUCCUCGUUCUUCCACCUGUUCUCCUGGGACCAGCAGGUUGUCAUUGCCAAGCGUAUUAUUAGCCUUCUUCAUGCACAGCCUGGUUCUCUUAUUAUUGGGCGUCAAACUGGAUGUCUUGAUCCUAUUUCGCCGCUUGCUAAGGAAAAUUUGCCGAAACCUUAUCGGCAUAAUGUGGAGACGUGGAAGAUGCUUUGGGAGCAGGUGCAGGCGGAAACAGAGACGCAGUGGGAGGUUGGUGGGUGGUUAGAGGAAUGGGGUGGGGCUAGUAGUUGGAUGAAGGAUUACCAUGGAGAUAAGGGGACUUGUAGGAUUUGGUUUGUUGUGAGGAGGGUCUAG